AUGGCACAAAUAUCCGACAGGGUGGCUGCCAUUGAGAUGCGAGGUACUGGAGAUAUUCCCAAUAGGACUUCAAGUGCUCAGAGUGUUGAGCAUGAUGCGGAUGAUGAGGGGUGUUGGUAUACGUACAGUUAUCCUGACGAGGUCGUCCUGGCAGUGGACGAUGAGCGACGCAGCCUGAUUAGUCAGCUAGAGGAGGCCAGAGAGGUUGGCCAUGGGCAGGCGAUGCGUAUUAGGGACUUGGAGCGGGGUCUCCGAGAUGAGAUGCAGAGGGCGGACGCUUUACGCCGUCAGCUUCAGGACACUCAUCAGCACCUUUUCGCUGUGAAGAGGCAGCUGAAGGAGAGGGUUCGGAGUAUUUCGAUGGACUGCGAGGUCAUCCUAGAUAUGGCCGCAGAGGCACCGUCUCGAGCCACCGGUCCAGAGGGGAUGGACGAGGUGUCACACCGACCUUGUAGGUGUUGGUAUACGUACAGUUAUCCUGACGAGGUCGUCCUGGCAGUGGACGAUGAGCGACGCAGCCUGAUUAGUCAGCUAGAGGAGGCCAGAGAGGUUGGCCAUGGGCAGGCGAUGCGUAUUAGGGACUUGGAGCGGGGUCUCCGAGAUGAGAUGCAGAGGGCGGACGCUUUACGCCGUCAGCUUCAGGACACUCAUCAGCACCUUUUCGCUGUGAAGAGGCAGCUGAAGGAGAGGGUUCGGAGUAUUUCGAUGGACUGCGAGGUCAUCCUAGAUAUGGCCGCAGAGGCACCGUCUCGAGCCACCGGUCCAGAGGGGAUGGACGAGGUGUCACACCGACCUUGUAGGUGUUGGUAUACGUACAGUUAUCCUGACGAGGUCGUCCUGGCAGUGGACGAUGAGCGACGCAGCCUGAUUAGUCAGCUAGAGGAGGCCAGAGAGGUUGGCCAUGGGCAGGCGAUGCGUAUUAGGGACUUGGAGCGGGGUCUCCGAGAUGAGAUGCAGAGGGCGGACGCUUUACGCCGUCAGCUUCAGGACACUCAUCAGCACCUUUUCGCUGUGAAGAGGCAGCUGAAGGAGAGGGUUCGGAGUAUUUCGAUGGACUGCGAGGUCAUCCUAGAUAUGGCCGCAGAGGCACCGUCUCGAGCCACCGGUCCAGAGGGGAUGGACGAGGUGUCACACCGACCUUGUAGGUGUUGGUAUACGUACAGUUAUCCUGACGAGGUCGUCCUGGCAGUGGACGAUGAGCGACGCAGCCUGAUUAGUCAGCUAGAGGAGGCCAGAGAGGUUGGCCAUGGGCAGGCGAUGCGUAUUAGGGACUUGGAGCGGGGUCUCCGAGAUGAGAUGCAGAGGGCGGACGCUUUACGCCGUCAGCUUCAGGACACUCAUCAGCACCUUUUCGCUGUGAAGAGCCAGCUGAAGGAGAGGGUUCGGAGUAUUUCGAUGGACUGCGAGACUUGUGCCCCGAAAUGGACUCCGGUGGUCAAAGUAGAGCUGGAGAGCAAGGACGAGGCUCUGAAGGAAAUAAUGGAAAUGGACCGGAUCAAGUCGCUACAGCCAUCCAGCGGAUGGCCGAUCUACUAG